AUGGAAUCCAUCUCUAUGAUGGGAAGCCCCAAGAGCCUGGAGACUUUUUUGCCUAACGGCAUAAAUGGUAUCAAAGAUGCAAGGAAAGUCACUGUGGGCGUGAUAGGAAGUGGGGAUUUUGCCAAGUCUCUGACCAUUCGGCUUAUUAGAUGUGGCUAUCAUGUGGUCAUAGGAAGCAGAAAUCCCAAGUUUGCAUCUGAAUUUUUUCCUCAUGUGGUAGAUGUCACCCACCAUGAAGAUGCUUUAACAAAAACAAAUAUAAUAUUCGUGGCUAUCCACAGAGAACAUUACACCUCCCUGUGGGACCUGAGACAUCUGCUUGUGGGCAAAAUCCUGAUUGAUGUGAGCAACAACAUGAAGGUGAACCAGUACCCAGAAUCCAACGCCGAGUAUCUGGCUUCGCUGUUCCCGGAUUCCUUGAUUGUCAAAGGAUUUAACGUUAUCUCAGCUUGGGCACUUCAGUUAGGCCCCAAGGAUGCCAGCCGCCAGGUUUAUAUAUGUAGCAACAAUAUCCAAGCUCGACAACAGGUUAUUGAGCUUGCCCGUCAGUUGAAUUUUAUUCCUGUGGACGUGGGAUCCUUAUCGUCUGCCAAGGAGAUUGAAAAUUUACCCCUGCGACUGUUCACUCUCUGGAGGGGGCCAGUGGUAGGAGCUAUAAGCUUGGCCACAUUUUUCUUCCUUUAUUCCUUUGUCAGAGAUGUGAUACAUCCAUAUGCCAGAAACCAGCAGAGUGACUUUUACAAGAUUCCUAUUGAGAUUGUGAACAAAACCUUGCCUAUAGUGGCCAUUACUCUGCUGUCCCUGGUGUACCUGGCGGGCCUCCUGGCGGCGGCGUAUCAGCUUCGUUAUGGCACCAAGUACCGCAGAUUUCCACCUUGGCUGGACACCUGGUUACAGUGCAGGAAACAGCUGGGCCUGUUGAGCUUUUUCUUCGCUGUGGUCCAUGUUGCCUACAGCCUCUGCUUACCGAUGAGGAGGUCAGAAAGAUACUUGUUUCUCAACUUGGCUUAUCAACAGGUUCAUGCAAAUAUUGAAAAUGCUUGGAAUGAGGAAGAGGUUUGGAGAAUCGAAAUGUACAUCUCCUUUGGCAUCAUGAGCCUGGGCUUACUGUCUCUCCUGGCAGUCACUUCAAUCCCUUCGGUGAGCAAUGCUCUAAACUGGAGGGAAUUCAGCUUUAUUCAGUCCACGCUCGGCUACGUUGCUCUGCUCAUCAGCACUUUCCACGUGUUAAUUUACGGAUGGAAACGCGCUUUUGCAGAGGAGUACUACCGCUUUUACACCCCACCCAACUUCGUCCUUGCACUUGUCCUGCCCUCGAUUGUCAUUCUGGGUAAGACGAUCUUACUCCUCCCAUGCAUAAGCCGAAAGCUCAAAAGAAUUAAAAAGGGCUGGGAAAGGAGCCAGUUUCUAGAGGAAGGCCUGGGAGGAACAGUCCCGCAUCUGUCCCCAGAGAGGGUCACGGUGAUGUGACGAAAAGAGAUGCUCAUGGUGCCAUAUACACUUCUCUCAUGCCAUCGCUUCACGACUCCCUCCACGCUCCCAGUAAGUGGACUGUCAGUGUGCUGUAGUGUGAAACCUGGCAGUGAGAUUUCAGCUGAAAUAGUGAUAGGAUUUUCUUCAAGUUCAAUUUUAUAAAUGUCAUAUUUUGCCAACAUGAGAUUUUGUAGCCCACGUGUGUUGUUACAAUCUAGGAAUAUUUUCUUUUGUGCAACUGUAACAGUAUUGCUAUUUUAACUAUAUUGCAUAAUCAGGCAGAAAUAUCUGUAGUUGAUAAUAUAGAGCGUUUAGAACACUUGGCAAACCAGCAGGAUUUGAAGCUUUUAAUGUUACUCAGUGGAUAUACUUUUUCUUUGAGGCUAAAGAUUUUAAUUAUUACCCAGUUUAAGAAGCAGAAAUGCAUAAUUAUGUAUUAUUGAGGAGGGACACAAUGUAUUAGCAUCUAGGGUGCACAGGAGCAAUCUUAUACCGUCAUAAAAUGGGACUGGAAAAAUAGCAUUAAUUAUACAAAGCAGUGUGAGUGUAUGAGCACACACAAAUUACAGACGAACCUGAAAUCGUAUUUAAAAUGCACUGGAGAUAUGAAAUGAAUACUGCUAACGCACAACUCAUGAGAGCUUUAUUUUCUUAUGUUACAGAGCAGUUUCUUUUCAUAUUCAUGUCAAUCAGGGAAAGGACUCCAUGACUAGGCCGCUCGGGCUGUUAUUUUGAAUAUAGUUCUACAAUACCAACCCCAGGAAUUGUAGAACUGUCCGUAAUGUCUGCACACGGUCCCAUGUCAGGUCGUGUUUGUUACUCUGGCCAGCCACCACUCUUCCUGAGUGGGAUUUUACUGAUGUCCACUGAGGGAAUGUGGCCUGGCUCUCAACACUUGUCCCAUUUAAUAUUUACAACAGACCCAUGAAAUAGUUAUCUUCAUUUUACAUGUAGGGAAACUGGAGGAUAGAAAAGCUAAAUUUGCCUAAGGUCACACUGGGAAGAGGUAGCAGGGUGAGCAGUCAUGGCCAGGUAGUCAUCCUUCAGAAGCCGUCGUUUUUAUGAAACAUCAGGAUAUACCACCCCUGCCCCAUCUCCAGGCACUACAUUCAUGAUGUCAGUCUGGAUGUUUUCUCUCUUGUAUAGCCAUUGACAGUCUUUAGAGUACAUUUUGUGCAUCAAAGGAUGUAUAGAAGUAUCUUAAUCAUAAUUUUAUUAUUCCUGGAGCCCACAAUAGCACAGUGCCUCCCUGUGCAGUGAAGGACUGAGCAGGGAGAGAGUCAGAGCAGUACAGAUGAACUGUUGAGAUCCUGCAGCUCUUCAGAAAUUCCCACCAGCUGGCCAUGUCCUCUGCUCUUCCUGGGAAACCCUCCUGCUUCACUACCAUUCAUUAGGAAGCUGUUUAUAAGCACGGAGGAGAAUAGGACAAGUGGCUAGUUAUAGAUCUACUCCAGAGACAUAUAAUCAUGGAGAUUAUUCAUACAAUUUCUCAGUGCUGGUAGUCCACGUGUAAAUUGUAUUUUGUUCAAACUUUGGGAUAUACUGUGUUUUCUCCAUUUGUUCCUUAUUAUAGUACAAAGUUAUAGAUAAGAUGUAAUUAUAUGUGUUCUUCAGAAAACUAUAUCAUUUUUAAAGUUACCUACUGACUCGAAUCCAACCAUCAAAAAUAAAAUGACUCUUAUUUUUGUGGAACCUGUCUUUCCCACCAGUGUCUUUUUCUGUUCCUGCACUGUUAGUCUGGAAAAUUACCCACUAUUCUUUGAUGAUUUCUUGGUGAACUGUAAUAUUGAACACCCUAUUUUCAUUAUAUUGAUCAUAAUCAUGAAUUCUUAGUAGGAACACAUAUAGUGAUGGCUUUUUAACAGUAAUUACCUACAAGCUGGGUGUGAUGGCGCACACCCUUAAUCUCAGCACUCAGGAGGGAGACGCAGGCGGAUCUCUUGUGAGUUAGAGGCCAGCCUGGGCUACAGAGUGAGUUCCAGGACAUCCAGACCUAUAGUGAGACUGUGUCUAAGUAGAUACCUACAUACACACAUACCAAUACUGUCAUGAAUUAGUGAAAAUAGCAAUGUGUUUUCAAUACUUGCUUACUUCUUAAACUUCAUUCUAAGACAAUUUAAUGUGAAAAUACAAUGAAGUAUUUCUAAAAGUUAGAUGAUUAAAGUACAUUGUUAUAUAUGUUAAGUUGCCCAUAAUAUAAAGUUACUGCUAUUAUACAUACAUGGGAUCCUUGGAAAUAUAAAAUUAUGUAAAAACUACAAUUAUAUUUCAAAUGACACUUUUUCUUUGGAAUGCUACAAAAAUGGAAUAAUUUUAGUUUUAGAGUAAAUGUAAUAUAGUCAUUACAAUUCUAAAUGUUGCAAGUCCCCUCUCACAAUGCAUAUCUAUUUAUUGACUUUCAGUGGGCACAGACACCUCUAGACAAGCCUGAUGAACUGAGGCUGUCCCAGGGAUGAUGUGUUCUCUCCUCCCUCUCCGUCUCUCUGUCUCUCUCCCUCUCCCUCUCCCUCUCCCUCUCCUUCCCUCUCUUUCUUUCUCUCUCUCUCACACACACACACAAAAUAAAUGAAAUACAAUUAAAAUUUUUUUAGGGGUGAGGGAGGGUAGGGAAGAUUUUUAGAGAAGAGUGAAAAUUUGUUUAUUAAUUUAUGUUUUGAAAAGGAUGAAUGAGAAAAUGAUAGGAAUGUAGAAAACAUAAUCUGUCUUAAUCCUUUGUAAAGACAGCCACAUAAUUUUUCCUAUGAGGAAAAAAACCCAUAUAACAUGUAUCAUGCUACUUAGCUUUUGUGAAGAGUUCAUGUCUCCUUUAUUAGGAAUAUUUAAAACCACAUUUAAAUAUAAAUAUAUUCAUAUUAACAUCUUUUUAAAGAAGAUAUGCUAAAAUUUAGCUCAGAUAACCUACAUGAGAUUUUUAUUUAAAUUUUAAAACAUUAUAAAGUAUGAAUAAAUUAUCAUUACUUAUCAGAGCUAAUUAUUUUGUAUAAUACAGAGAGUGGCUGAUGAGUUCAUGUUAAACUUCCUGAUUAUUUUCUUAAACAUCAGCAUAACUUCAAAUUGACUGAAAAAUUUUACUUUCAAAAUUAAUUUGAUAAUGAUAAAAAUAUGUUCCUACUUUGUCAAAUUAUGAAAAUUAUUUUUUAAAGGGGAUUCAAGAAUAUAUUUAACCCAAUCCACAUAGUGACUUCCAGGCCAGGGCUAUGUAAAGAGACCCUGUCUCAAAACAUAUUUUUUUUCCAGCUUUUUCUAUUAUUCAUUUCUUAUGUAAUAUGACAAAAGUUUUAAUUUAAAUUUUUAUGCCAUUAAGCUAUUUAGUAAUAUAUUCUAUAAUGUUCCCUCUCAAAAUGAGGUUUAUUUAUAAAAUUUAAGUAUUUCACAUGGCAUUUAAAAUAUAAGUACUAUAAAUGUAAUUUGGAACUGUACUGUAAACUAAUUAUACCUGUAUCAGUCUAUAAAAUCCUGCUUUGAAAUGUGCAAGCAGAAUAAAAUAGAAAUUGUUUUGUAAAUUGAGGACAAAGCAAUGUCACACGUAGUGUAACGUACCUCAGUCCAGUGUUACGGCUCUGUGUGAUGUCAGGAAAAUGAGUUGCUGGACCUGCACUGUGCAGAACUGAGUAGGGCAAAUUCUGGCAUAUGUUCAGUCUUGGUAAUUACCUAAAAUGAAGUGCAGCGAUUUUAGGGGACAUUGUCUGUUCUUCUGAACUUCACAGGAGUGAACGGGUUCUUCAACACUUUUGAGUGUGACAAGAUGAUAAAGUGCUUAAUUUUUGGGUUCUAGCCAUAUGAUACUAAAACAGUGUUUCUCUUUAGCUUAACGUGCAUACUAGAGAUUGUUGGGCUGUUUUUUAAGUUUACAAAUCACUAAAUCUCCACUGUGCACAGAUCUGCAAUGAAGACAGACCAGGAGACUUCCCAGUAGCUUAGGGACGCUCCUGGUAGCUAGAUGAGCUGAGGUAACUCACAAAAGCAGGUGCUUUAUGGAAUUAUUUUCACAGAGAUUUCCUUCCAAGGUUUUCCACAGUUGUGCAGGUUUUCAUCCUUCACAGUCUGCUCUCCUCACUCCUGAGCUGCUGAGGACUGCUGUUCACCCCUCUUGGAGCGAGGUGUCCUUGUGACUGGUCUCUGACUGACUGAGAGGUAUCCCUGUGAUGAGUGCUGGCCUCUGAGGACUACUCUAAGGAAAGUGGCAUGUGUUCUUUAUGGGCCCUUCUGUCUGGCUAAUGAGGUUGUGGAUAAACAUCUGUCCCCAGAGGGUCAAGACAACACUCCGAGGCAGAAUCGAGGCUACUAGAAAACAGACAAGUCCCUGCUUCUUCCUGUGUUUAAACAGUUACAACUGAAUUUCUGUGUUCUGUGAAAUCUAAGUUGUGUCCUUUCCAGUUCUUUGUGACAGUGUUCAUUUAGCAUUCUUGAAUAGGUUAGACUGUAAUAAUUCUUACUUUUAAAAGAUUUUAAAGGAUAAUACACAAUUUACAUUAAAAUUAAUAUUCUAUUAUUAAUUAAUUAUACUUGGUUUUUGCCUUUAUCAUUAGCUAUUUUGUAUUGGUGUGUAUCAUUUUCUUUGUACAAAAUGUCCUUGUGUGUAUUCAUUUUUGCUAAAGGCUUUGUCCUGUAAAAUAUUGUUAACAAAUUGUACACCAUGAUUUUAUGUCAUUCUCCUAGAUCUGCCUUAUAAACAUUUCAAUAAAAAGUAUUAUUUAAUGUUUUAA